UGAGAGUUUAAUACUAAAUUUUGAAAGAUUCCAAAAUCUUGAAGCAAGUUAUGGCUUUGAGCUUACUUGGCUGCGCGCGGGCUUUACCCCUAUGAUACGUAGUAAUUUUAAGUCUUUUGAAUUUAUUAUAAAAAGUUUUUUUUCUUGUAACCCCAUAAGCAUAUUUUUUUCUUUAUUUUGCCCAUUUUCUUUAUAUCAUUCCACAAUUAUCUACACAUACAUGACAUUCCAUACAUUUUGAUUUACUUUAUUUAUGCAUAUAUAGAAAAAUAUUAAACACAUUUUCAAUUAUAAAUAAUUAACGAAAAAUGUAUUUUUUGAUUUUUGUUAAAAUUACUCGAAUUGAUAACAAAAAAAGUCUUAAAAAUCAAAAAAUAUUUUUCAAAUAUAAAUACAUAAAUUUUGAUCUCCGUUUCUCUUUAAAUAAUAAAAUGUUUUGUGUUGAAUUGUUAAUUUUUUGUGGAGGGGGGAAUUGGUUAAUUUGUUAA